UCGGCGGACGAAUCGUGGAACUGGCGCAUUUUCAGUUAUUGGUGAUUGGAGAUCUUCAAAUAUUACACUGAUUAUUGGUUACUCUGUUCUAAUAAGUUUAACCGCGGAUGAGUUCUUAACUUGGUGGUGCAAAAUAUAACUUUGUAAAUAAAAAGUUAAUCAAGAGAAAGAAUUUCGUUUGCAAGGUGAAGUCGUAGCAAUUCAAGAUGUCCGUAUGCUUCUUUGUGCCUGCCGACCAAGCUGGUACUUCAGCGGUAUCAGAAGAGGGCGACACGGAAGCGGCAGGGGAGGAGGGCUCCUCCCCGGAAAGCAUCCAGCACAGCCUGCAGGUCUUCUGGGCUAAAGUCACUGAAGAUAUCAAAAAAGUCACCGCAGACGAUUUCAAAACACAAGCGCUUCCAUUGGCGAGGAUCAAAAAGAUAAUGAAAUUGGAUGAGGAAGUUAAGAUGAUAUCUGCGGAGGCGCCCGUGCUGUUCGCUAAAGCGGCGGAGAUCUUCAUACACGAGCUGACUCUCCGCGCCUGGUCUCAUACUGAAGAUAAUAAGAGACGGACUCUACAGCGUAAUGAUAUAGCGAUGGCGAUAUCGAAGUCAGACCAGCUGGACUUUCUGAUAGACAUAGUGCCGCGGCAUGAGGUGAAGCCCAGCAAGCCGCGUGAUGACCCGCCGCGCACCACCAACAACACUGAACAGCUGGCGCAGCAACAUCAGGCGGCGCUGCAGGGAACACAGCCGCAGUACGUGCUGCAGCCGUGCGCUCAGGUCGUGCAGCAGUCAGGUAACACGGCCACGACUUCUGGUGGUGGACAGCAGCCCCUCACCCUGAUGCAGCAGGUGGUCACCUCCUCGGGAGAGUUGCAGCAAGUGCCGAUCCAGCUUUCACAGGCUCAGUUGAACAUAGUGCGGCCACAGCUGCAGAAUAAUCCAGGACAACUGAUAGUGAUACAGGCGCAGCCGCAACAGACGCCUCAGAUUAUACAGGUAUCUUCACACGCCGGUCAGAAUCAACCGCAGCAAGUGUUCCUAGCGCAAGUCUCCACCACGCAGGAGGAAUCUUAGCGACGUAAAACUAAACAGUGAUUUAAUAAAUAUUUGGACUCGAAUCUGUGAAUUUGUGUGAAAUCUUUGAAUUUAUGAUAACAUUGUAAAUAUAUUUACUAA